GUACUUGGCUUCCUAAUGUAUCUUUUUCCCCCUUUCUCUGAAGAGAGGCUGUGUCCCCUUCGUGCCUCCAUUGAUGUGCUAGAAGGGGAAUUUUUUUUCCUUUGUUAUCCUGAGUCAAGGCAAGAGCAUUUUCAGGAGGAAGCAUACACAAUAAACUGGUACAGAGAAAAUGCUGGAAAGCAGCAACUGGUAAAGGAAACACACAGAAUUGUUUCACGAAUGAAUUUUCUGGAGUUUUGGCCAGCUGAACUCAGUGACUCUGGGAAUUACUCUGUCACUCACAGCAAUGGAAAACAACAUUUCAUAAUUCAAAAGUGGACCCUGAAUGUAAUUGAAAGAAAUGAAAGCAGCUGUUUCAACAAGAAUCAUUUAACUACAGAAUUAAAAAAUGCUGGAACUGGUCAUUCACUGAAAUGCAGUGAUUUGUCUGUCAAUGAAAAUGACAGCAUAACAUGGUACAAGGACUGUAAGAAUUAUGAACAUGAAACAGAGAGGGAACUGCAUUUUGGAACCUUAACAGCACAGCACUCUGGGAUAUAUACCUGUAAAAUUUUAAUCAGUCACGAAGGGAAGAUAUACCACAGCACAAACACAAUUAAACUGGUAGUAGAAGAAGAUGCACCAGAGGCUGUAACUUUGGAGAUAAUUGGACACCAUGAAGAAAUUGAAACAGAAAUAGGUAAAGAAGAGAUACUCAAUUGCACAGGUUUCUUGGGUUAUUAUAUGCAAGAAGAUGCCAGCCUCUACUGGUUAAUUAACCAAACGUUUCCAGAACAAUGCACAGGUAUCCCCGAGAACGAACCUUCAAUAUGUGAAGAAGAGUUCAAAAAAUUACAGUUGGGAAACAAGUUUUAUGUCACAAGGCUACUCCGGAUUAAAAAAGUAACAGAUGAGGACUUGCAUCGUAAUUUCACCUGCAUGUUGCAAGCUGAUGAAAGCACACAGAUAAAAAUAGUAAAACUGAAGAAAGGGAACACCCAAGAUCUGCCUGUGCACAUAUUUACAACUGGAAUGGUCCUUGCUCUACUAUUUCCAUUUGUUGCUGUAGCUGCAGUGUUUGUUUGUGUGAUGUUUAGGGUUGACUUAGUUCUAUUUUACAGGAAUAUAUGCAGAAGAGAUGACACUGCUGGAGAUGGAAAAGAAUUUGAUGCAUUUGUGUCUUACCUGAAAGACUGUGCUUCUUCAACUGAAGAAGAGAGAGAAUUUGCCUUGAAGAUAUUACCCAUGAUAUUAGAAGAAAACUUUGGGUACAAGUUAUGUAUAUUUGAGAGGGAUGUAUUCCCUGGAGGAGCAGCUGUUGACGAUAUCCAUUCAUUCAUUGAUAAAAGCCGAAGAUUAAUCAUUAUACUGAGCCAGAACUAUGGUUCUGACAGAGCCAUAUACGAACUUGAGAGUGGCCUGCAUAAAGCCCUAGUUGAAAGAAAAAUUAAAAUCAUAUUAAUUGAAUAUAUGCCUAUAAGUGACUACAGUUUCUUGCCAGAAUCACUGUCUCUUUUACCAUCAAAGAGGGUUGUGAAGUGGAAAAAAGAUAAAUCUCUUCCAGUGAAUUCCAGAUUUUGGAAGAACCUUCGGUACCUGAUGCCAGCAAAACCUACCAAGAUAAAUACCAAAAGGCACUAUAAUCUUGACCUAGGCUCAAAAGCUGCUUAACCAUGGAUUGAGGACUGUGACUUCAAGGCAGUCAUAUAACAAGUCUGGUGA